GCUGAGUGGUUCAGAAUUGGAUCUGCCGUCCUUACAAACAUAGAAAUGCUCAAAGAUGCCGAGGCACUUUUUGCUGAAUGUAAGGAUACUUACAUCGCACUCGUCAAAAAGGUAGAACUUUACACCUCUGUUGUUUACAAAGAGCUAGAAAGGCACGUAGAAGAUAAAAGAAAAAAAACUGGGAAUAGAGAUGAAGAUCUAAGGCGUGUUCAUGAAAAACAGAAGUCAGUGGCGUUACACAGAUUUGAGGAAAAACUGAAAAACAUUACCGGCGGAUCCAGUAAAAGUUGGAUCAAGUCUCUUGGGGAAGAUAUUGAGCGCGAGUAUAGUAAGACACAAACAGUGUUGUUGAAGAACGAUGAGAAGCUGAGCGAAAUGAAAUCUGAGCUCCUUGCCUGUAAGGAGUUAUUUGUUACCAAAGCUAAACGGGCACUAAGAGCCAAGCAUGUACGAUACGAUUCUGCAAAUUUAGAAGAUCUUUAUACUAUGGUUGUACAAAAAGGUCUUGUUCCAGCCAAAGCUGUUUUUAUUCCAAUUAAGCACUCUGAAGGGUAUCGAGGAAUUACCACUCUGGAGCUGUCAAAAUUGCGAGAAGAACAAGAAUCACACGCUUCAGAAAACCUAAGGAGAUGGAUUAGCAGUUUUCCUGGCAGAUUUCCAACAAGUUGGGUUGAGGAAGUAGAUCAGCAUAUAGAAGUAAUUAUCUCGCAUCGCAUGUGCUUGAAAAAAGCGCUUGAAAAAACACGCUUGAAAAAAGCGAAAUAA